UUGUUUUUCUAGAGAGCGUCUGAGUGUGGAGUCAUCUGGACAUUGACUUCCUGACAGUGAGUGGACUUUGACUCAGCCGGGUUCACAGAGGUGUACAGUAACGCCUCUCUGGGGAUGUCAUAAAGACGCCGGCCACAGAAUGCAUAAAUACAGCAAAAGAUGUCUCCCUCCUGAGAGAAGAGCGAAAGACCUUAAUGGAUUAUAAUCUGGACAAACUCUGCCUGGUAACAAACAUCCUGGGAUCGAAAAGGGACCGUCAGACGGAAUCAUGGUAGGACUGAAACCCUCAGAUGUCCCCCCUCCUCUGGGGGUGAAGAUGGCGAGCGCCGGAGCAGCAGCCUGUAUCGCAGACCUCGUCACGUUUCCUCUGGACACGGCUAAAGUCAGGCUGCAGGUCCAGGGAGAGAAGAAAUCGAUGAGUGGCAUCCGUUACAGAGGCGUGUUCGGGACCAUCAGUACCAUGAUACGGACCGAGGGACCCAAGUCCUUGUACAACGGUCUGGUGGCAGGUCUGCAGAGACAACUGUGCUUCGCCUCCAUCAGGAUCGGCCUCUACGACAACGUCAGAGAUUUCUACACCGGUGGAAAAGACAACCCAGGAGUUCUGCUUCGUAUCCUGGCCGGCUGUACCACAGGCGCCAUGGCGGUGUCUUUUGCUCAACCCACUGAUGUGGUCAAGGUUCGAUUCCAGGCUCAGGUGAACCUGGACGGAGUGGCCCGUCGGUACAACGGCACGAUGCAGGCCUACAAACACAUCUUCCAGAACGAGGGUUUACGUGGCCUCUGGAAAGGCACGUUACCCAACAUUACAAGAAACGCUCUGGUCAACUGCACGGAGCUGGUCACGUAUGACCUGAUCAAGGAGGCCGUCCUUAAACACAAGCUGAUGUCAGACAACCUGCCGUGUCACUUCGUGUCAGCGUUCGGUGCCGGCUUCGUCACCACCGUCAUCGCCUCUCCGGUCGACGUGGUGAAGACCAGGUACAUGAACUCACCGCCAGGCCAGUACAACAGCGCCAUCAACUGUGCCUGGACCAUGAUGACUAAAGAGGGGCCAACGGCUUUCUACAAGGGAUUUGUUCCAUCGUUCCUGAGGUUAGGAUCAUGGAAUGUCGUGAUGUUCGUCUCGUUCGAGCAGAUCAAGAGGGCCAUGAUGGUCACCAAGAAGAACAUUGAGGCACAUAACUGAGCUUCACAGCUUCACAGUGGAGCUGAAGACAUGAUCUGGACCAGAGGCUGUCAGAGGGAACCUACCAACCAUCACUUCCUCUUUGAGUCGUAUCUGACAGGGAUUCUGUGCUGUGAUGACAAGACAAUCAAUUCCAGGGAAGAAGAACAAUCUUGUGCAAUUGAAGAUUUGUCAUCAUCAUCAUCAGCCCAAGCCAAAUAUGGAGCUUUUGUAGAACGAGUGUUUAUACUGAACUCCUGUGGUAAGAGCUGGGAUUGCACUUUAGCUGUAAAUGUUAAAAAAAAAAAAGGACUGCCACAUAAACAUGAGGCAGCUGGAAUUAAAUAAUUUUUUUUUUCCUUUUUAAUAACUCAGGUCUAAAUGUAACACAUCUUUAUAUAAGCACUAAAUAUAUCUGACUUGUUAUA